ACCGACUUACAGAGACUUCAGGCCUAACAUCAGAUGCAGAAGUGACAGAGUUGUGUGGAUUUCUCCGGCAACUUCCUAAUUGGACAAGUUUCAGUGGGGUUGCUUCUGAGGAUCUCCAGUCUCUACAUACACUUGCCAGCCCUGUUUUAGCUGGGAGACCUAGAGGAGUUGGGAUAGAGCUACACUAACAGAUAGACCAUGGCCCUGAGAGCAUGUGGCUUGAUCAUCUUCCGAAGAUGUCUCAUUCCCAAGAUGGACAACACUGCGAUUGAAUUUCUACUGCUGCAGGCAUCAGAUGGCAUUCAUCACUGGACUCCUCCCAAAGGCCAUGUGGAACCAGGAGAAAGUGACUUGGAAACAGCCCUUCGGGAGGCUCAGGAGGAAGCAGGCAUAGAAGCAGGCCAGCUGACCAUCAUUGAGGGAUUCAGAAGGGAGCUCAAUUAUGUGGCCAGGGAGAAGCCUAAAACCGUCAUCUACUGGCUGGCGGAGGUAAAGGACUACGACGUGGAGGUCCGUCUCUCCCACGAGCACCAGGCCUAUCGCUGGCUGGGGCUGCAUGAGGCCUGCCAGUUGGCUCAGUUCAAGGAGAUGAAGGCGGUGCUCCAGGAAGGACACCAGUUUCUCUGCUCCACAGUGGUCUGAACUGACCAGAUCCGGGUCUUUUGCUUCCGUAGGAUCCUUGAGGGCUUCUGAGGUGAACUACCUUUGCUUCCAGGGAAGCCUGUGCUGGUCUUUGGCUCAUUAUAGCAGAUUGCAGACAGGCUGGUAAAAUCAGCUGAGGACCCUCAGAGAAGAGCAAGCAAGAAUCUCAGCUGGGUGGAAAGGAAGGGAAAGGAGUUUAAAAAAAAAAAAAAAAGGCCGAGCCCAUUGAGUGCAUCCUUAUACUUUAUGAAUAAAUCUCAAGCAGCUUAUCUCUCCUUCUAA